AGGGGCCGGAGGGUGGGGCCGGAGCCCGUCAGGCCGGAGAGCGGCCGGUCCGGGCGCGACCGCCUCCCGCACCCCCGCACCCCUCCCGCACCCCUCCCGCAGCACCCCCGCCUCCCGCAGCAUCCCGUGGGAAGUUCGAGCGCCGCUCCGCGCCUCAGCGCCGCCGCCAUGUUCUCCUUUAAUAUGUUCGAUCAUCCCAUCCCUCGGGUUUUCCAGAACCGCUUCUCAACCCAGUACCGCUGCUUCUCGGUAUCCAUGCUUGCCGGUCCUAAUGACAGGUCAGAUGUGGAGAAAGGCGGGAAGAUAAUUAUGCCACCAUCAGCUUUGGAUCAACUCAGCCGACUUAAUAUUACCUACCCAAUGCUGUUUAAGCUGACCAACAAAAAUUCAGACCGAAUGACACACUGUGGGGUGCUUGAAUUUGUGGCUGAUGAGGGCAUAUGUUACCUUCCACACUGGAUGAUGCAGAACUUGCUGCUGGAAGAGGGAGGCCUGGUCCAAGUGGAGAGUGUUAAUCUUCAAGUUGCUACUUACUCAAAAUUUCAGCCGCAGAGUCCAGAUUUUCUUGACAUCACCAAUCCCAAGGCUGUAUUGGAAAAUGCAUUGAGAAACUUUGCUUGUCUAACUACUGGGGAUGUUAUUGCCAUCAACUACAAUGAAAAGAUCUAUGAGCUUCGGGUAAUGGAGACCAAACCAGACAAGGCUGUGUCCAUCAUAGAAUGUGAUAUGAAUGUGGAUUUUGAUGCUCCUUUGGGGUACAAAGAACCAGAAAGAAGUGCACAACAUGAGGAGACUGCAGAUGUUGAAGCAGACCACAGUGGUUAUGUGAGUGACUUAGGAUUUCGUGCAUUCUCAGGUUCUGGGAACAGACUGGAUGGCAAGAAGAAAGGUGUUGAGCCUAGUCCCUCACCAAUCAAACCAGGAGACAUUCGAAGAGGAAUUCCCAACUAUGACUUCAAGAUUGGUAGAAUCACAUUCAUUAGGAACUCACGUCCACUGGUUAAGAAAGUCGAAGAGGAUGAAUCUGGAAGCCGGUUUAUUGCCUUUUCAGGAGAAGGCCAGUCCCUGCGCAAGAAGGGAAGAAAACCCUGAGUUCUGGUUCUGUGAGUCAGUUAGGGAGAAAAAUAAAAUAACAAUUGCAGCAUAUUGGACCUUAGUUAUUGCAGUUGAGAGAUGAGAUUGUUUUUUGCAACACAGGAACACUUACUGGAUUUGGUUUCAUAUUUAAAAUCAAAGUUGUCAGGGUGGCUCAGUUGAAAAUUAAGCUCUAGGAGUUCUGAAGGUAUUUUUUUGUUUGUGUUGUGAAGAGGGAAAGUAGAUCUCUGAUAAACUAAGAAGUAAAACUAACAAGCUCUACCUUACUAAAAGGUCCAGUUCUUACACUGCAUCCUCCCCUUACAUCCCGAGUGGUGAUGAUCUCAUGUUGCUCUGUGCUUGGUAUUUUCCCCUCUCUUUGAAUCUUUUGCCACAACUUCGGGUAAGUUUUGGUGUGGUGCAGAUGAAGGCUAAUACUUGGUUGUUAAGGACUUUUGGGAAGGGAGUCUCUUGCCUUCAGAUGUUGGAUUAUAACUCAUUCUAAGCAAUCCCCCUGCAGUUGCUUUUUAUAGUUAAUAACAUGCCUUUUACUAGUUCAGGUACUCUUUACUUACUGUAGCAACCUUGUGGCACGUGUGGGGAGGGGGGAGGCCCAGCUGCUCUGCCCACUGCUGUGUCCUCUGCUGUGUAACAAGGGGUCAGUGAUGACCUGCACGACCUUCUGAGUGCUGGGGGUGGUCUUGGAGGCUUGGCUGGGCCAGACCCCCAUGUUCCCUCUGGCAAGAUCGAAUAAAGGCUCCUUCACCA